AUGGCCAGCAGCAACGACGCCGCAGAGUUGAACAAGGCCGUAUCGCCGGCAGCCGAUCGAACCAAUGCCCAGGCCACAGCUACAAACUCUGGCACGGCUCCGACUCAGUCCUCUGCAGCUGCGGCAGUAUCCGGCACCGAGGCGUCUCCUGAGAUUGUUGCCGAAAGCCUUCGCGCUGCUUCGCCCGUGCAGAACGAGAAGCUGGCGGCCAACUUGAACGUCAAGGGGAAGGCCGGGCAUGCAGUCAUUGAUCAGCGCCAGACCAUCCCGACAACAGGAAAAAGACGCCACACGACCAAGUGGGAAUACAUCACCUUCUGCCUAUUUUACUUUUCCCUCAACGGCGCCCCCAUCGGCAACAACGGCGGUGGUCUCCGACAGGCGUUGGUCAACAUGAAGCACCCCGAUGGCUACCUGACCUGGGGUGGCGAAUACAUCCCCAUCAACGCCAUGCUGCUGAGGGUGCAGGGGGUCAUGUUCGCCGCGCAGCUGGUGACGCUGAUGAUCCUCGGUCCCUACGCCGACUACGGAAACUGGCGGCCCUGGAUCAUGAUCGUCGGGCAAGUCAUUCUAUAUAUUUGCCAAUUCUCCCUAUGCGCCAUCAGUCAGCCAGAUCAGUGGGAGGCGGCGCAGGCUCUCUUCGUCGUCGGGUCUCUCGCCGCCAACGUGGUCAACAGUUUCUAUGCGGCCACAUUUCCGUCCAUCGUCCGAGAUCUGCCCAAGCUGAUCGAGAGCGAGGAGCGCGUCAAGGCGGGGACCGAGUCGCCCGAGAACCACAACAAGCUGGACGAGUACGAGAGGGCCAAGCUGUACAACCUCAACAACAUGACGGGGUCGUAUGUGGUGGCCGUGGUGUACGCCAUUGCUGUUGGAAUGAUUGCCGGCAUCGGCUACUCGACAAACGAGCAAAAGAUAACAUCAUUCCGUGCUGCUCUGGGAUACUUUGGGUUCAUGACAGUUGCAUUCACGGUGCCGUUUUUCAUCCUCCACAAGCAUCGGCCGGGACAGCAGCUGCCAUCAGGCACGGGCUGGCUCACUGCCGGGCCCAAGCAGGUGUGGAGCGCCGCCAAGAGCGCAAAGAAGCUCAAGCAGGUGAUGCUGUACCUGCUUGCUUACUUCUUGCUGCACGAGACGUGGGGGACGUACUGGGCGGUGACCGGCAUCAUCCAAAACGACGUCAUCCACUACAACCCUCUGAUGCUGAACGCCUUCAGCCUGACGGCAGACUUGUGCGGCGGGACGGGACAUCUCCUCCUGCUGAUCCUGCAAAAGCGGUUCCGGUUCAGCGUCAAGCAGGGCGUCAUGUUCGGUGCCGUCAUGACCCUGAUUCCGCAGCUCUGGGGAGGCCUCGGGCGCUUCACGACCAAGGUCGGCUUCCACAACGAGUGGGAGUUUUGGCUGGUUCAGGUCUGGAACAUCACGACGGCGGCCUGGGGCGGGUACAACGUGACCAUGAUCUCCGAGGUCGUGCCGGGUCCCAAGUCGUACAUGUUCUUUGCCCUCUUCAACUGCGUCGGCAAGACUUCGGGCUUCGUGGGACCCUUCAUCACGGCGGCGAUAAUCCAGGCCGACGGCGGGAAGAAUAAUGGUGCAUACUGGUUCCUGCUCGGCACUGGGCUGUUGGGCUUGUUGACUCUUUACUUUGUGGACACGGACCAGGCAAAGAUUGAUAGUGUUGCAUAUCUGGCACGUGAGGCCGAAGAGAUGUACUCGGAAGAGCAGAGGGCGGCCGCCAAGCAUAAUCUGGAAGAGGACUCUCAGGCCACCACGAGACCAAUCACGGCUGUUGACGUUUCCGCUACCACGAUUGGGGAUUCUGAGAAGCCAUCAGCUGUAACGGAAGUAAAGAGUUGA